CAGAAAUCUGCGAAAUCAUGAACCGGCCUGCGAAGGAAUGCGUGCAUCAGCAUAGCUUCAUGGCGCUGCAAGCGCAGGUGGGCGCGAUUCUGGAGGGGUGGAGAUCACGCGUAUGCAACCAACUACGGGACCUGAUGCGCUCCACCAUGCGAUUCCCACAGAAUGUCGACCCGCUAGAACUCGCGGCGACAACGUUUCGCUGCGGAGAUUGUGUUCAAACCUGUCUGUUCUUCCCGAACGUGGUGGCCCACAGCUGCCAGCGCGUGCGCUCCUCGGUAACCCAACAAGACACGUAUCCCCAGUCCUUGCAAGAUAUCAUGCGUCCAUUCUUAAUGCGGCUUCGUGAAUACAAGUUGUCUGAACCGGCGUGCCAAAUCGUACGGUUCUGUGGCAAAGAUCCGGAGACGACGACUGCAAAGGAGAUGGAUGCCCUUGACAUCAGACUUGCUACGCAAGGCAGCGCAAUUAUGACCUGGCGCGCCGCGGUGAUCAAUCACGACAUGUCGGUCUGGCGAAUUGCUGACUCGACGGAUACGGCCAAUGCAAAGAAACACGAGUCAAAGCUCAUGCAGAACAACGCAUCAUGGAGUUGCCGCAAAUGCAUACCGCCAUGCCUCCAUUCCGAUCUAGAAGAGUAUCUUGAAUACCAAGACAUCUGUGCGAAUAGCGCCUACAAACUCCGAUUGCCAGACUUCGAGGUAGUUAAACUGAUCGACAGAGACCAAUCAUGUACUAGUACGGAUUGAACG